AUGGGUGUUAGCCGAAAAUUAACAUCGAUUCGCCGCCGAAUUGUCAAUAACUCACGCACAAUUUUGAUCUACGCCAUCGUUUUGGCGUCCACAUUCUGUUUAGCAUAUUAUCGACGAAUCUCGUAUGAACGUGUGAUUUCCCGCCGAUUUCCAUUCCAAUUGCCCGUCGAUUAUUAUGAGUCCAAUGUGGAACCGAUUAAAGAGCCAAAAACCGACUAUAAUACAUUCGAAUUGUUCAAAACCGUCGUUGGCUUGAGAAAAAGUGAAGUUUAUCGAAAAAACUCAACGUCGCAUGGAAAAUUGAAGGUGUUCGUGCUGCCAUUCACCCAUGUGGAUCCUGGUUGGCUGCGGACAUUCGACAGCUAUUCGGCCGACACGAACGCGAUUCUCACCAAUAUGCACAAUUUUAUGACGAAACAUGAGAAGAUGCGAUUCAUGUGGGCCGAGUUUGUCUUCUUCGAACGAUGGUUUCGAGUGCAGGACGAGACUGUCCGCGACGACGUCCGCAGACUUGUCGCCGACGGUCGUCUGGAGCUCGUCACGGGCUCAUGGGUGAUGACCGACGAGGCGAACGCGUGGUUUCCCGUGUCGGUUGACAACAUCAUCGAGGGAUUCGAUUUUAUUCGCAAAGAGUUCCGCACGAAGCCGAGCGCGAUUUGGUCGAACGACCCAUUCGGCUACUCAAAUUCGAUUCCGUAUCUUUUCCGGAAGGCCGGCCUCCGGAGGAGUGUGAUCAAUCGGAUUCAUCAUACUCUGAAGCGAGCGCUUCAAGCGCACCAUGCAAUUCCGUUUCGAUGGAGGCAGUAUUUCGAUAGGAAUGGCGACAGCGAUGUGCUCACCCAUGUGCUACCCUACACCCACUACGAUAUAUUGAACUCGUGUGGUCCCGACCCGAACGCGUGUUGCGAAUUCGAUUUCAAGCGAAUGACGAAAUGGCAGUGCGGCGGUGUGUCGACGGUGGCGAUCACGGCGCGCAACGUCGCGUCGAAAGCGAGCACGCUCGUCGGCCAACUCGAGCUGAUGGCCGACAUGUACGAGGCGCCGGCGAUUCUCAUGAUGCACGGCGACGAUUUUCGAUACGAUCAACUCGACGAGUGGCAUCAGCAGCACGACAACCUCGCGCCGCUUUUCGACGAGAUCAACAAAGGCGAUCGCGUCGAAAUCAGAUUCGGCACAUUUGAUGAUUAUUUCAACGCGCUCGAAGUGCAUUAUAAUCAAUCCGGAACUCAACCGCCAACACUUUCCGGCGACUUUUUCCCAUAUAUGUGCGCUUUGGGCGAUUAUUGGACCGGAUAUUAUACGACUCGGCCGUUUUAUAAGCGGCAGGGUCGAGAAUUGCACAACCUAAUCCGAACAGCCGAUUUGCUGUCGGCGCUUCACGGCGGCUAUUCAUCCCAAGUUCUUCAAUUGGCGAGAAGAAAUUUGUCGCUUUUCCAGCAUCACGACGCAAUUACCGGAACGUCGAAAGUGAGUGUAAUGAAGGACUAUUCCCAUCUGCUUCAUUCGUCGAUUAUUGCCGUCAAAGAGGAAAUCGAGAAAAUUGAGAAGAUUCGAAUUGAAAAAUAUCCGAGAAAACAAUUUGAAACGGAAACCCAGGAAUUAUUAAAAAUUGAAGAUGAAAUGACGCUUUCGAUUUUCAACAGUUUGAUGGUUACGGUAGAUGAGGUGAUUACGGUACGUGUGGACACUGUUGAUAUUCAAGUAGUGGAUGAGAAUGGCAAAAUCGUUAGAGCUCAAAUUGAGCCGUUCGUCGAAAAAGGAAAAUUGGUGAAGAGCGACUUUUGGCUUGUAUUCGCUGCUUCUCUCAAACCAUUAACAUACACGAAUUUUGUUCUGCGGAAGAUUGUGAAUGCGCGCGAGUCGACGAAAAUUUGUGAGGUCUCGACGCGAAACGAGUUUCGCGACAAACUCGAAUCGCAAAUUCAUAGCAUCUUCUCUGUCCAAAUCGAAUCCAAUCAUUCGCUGGAGACCGAUUUCCUCAAAACCGAGCAUUCGGACGUCACGGGUCUCGUGCGGAGCGCAAUUCUUCCGCUCGCCGACAGCAAUAAGAAGAGAACGAGUUUGGCUCAAAAGUUUGUGACCUACAAAGGCGCGUCCGGUGGAGCGUACUUGAUGCGAGUCAGCGCUGCUGAAUUUUAUCUUCCGAAAUCGUCGCCGGAAUUCCAUUAUUACGCUCGUGGUCCCAUCCGCCAAUCGACGCAUUUAUUCGCAGAGUUGAUCUACCAGCGGACGAGUCUCAAGAACGUUCAAGGGUUCGCCGGUCGCCAAUUGGACAUCGAGAUGCGCGUCGACAUUGUCACUCAGCAAAAUCUCGAAAUGAUGGUUCGCUUCGAGACCGACUCGCCCGGCGUCGUCGGUUUCGCCGACAGCGUCGGCCUUCAGUUGCUCAAACGCGACGUCAAUAAGAAUCUGCCGGUGGCCGCCAACUUCUAUCCGAUGCCGUCGUCGGCCGCCGUACAAUACGACGACGUGCGCGUGACGGUGUCGUCGAACGUCGAGCACGGCGUCAGAUUCAAUGAGAACGGCGGCAUCGAAAUCAACAUCGAUCGCAUAUUGAAUCAGGAUGAUGGAAAAGGGUUGGGCAAUGGCGAUGACUCGAUUCCGAUCGAUCUGUUUCCGGUCGACAUGCGCUUCUCGGUGCUCGUCGAAACCGGCCUCGCGCGCAUUGACGCCACCCAACAUUCAACGUCGCAUUCGGCAUUCGGACAUCGAAGCGUUCAGAAUCUCAUCUAUCCGCCGCUGGUGGCGACGCACUCAUCGACGGCCCGGAAGCCGUUUGACGUGUUCGCCGAACUUCCGUGCGAUCUACAAUUGUUGACGAUUCGGCCGAUUUCGGACAAUCGCAAACUUCUCACACUAUUCCGACAUGGAAUCGUGCAAACGGAUCAAGAUUGCUCGACGAAUUUCGUGACGGCAUUUACUCAACUUCUACACAAAAUCAACGCGAAAAAGGUGCAACAAACCGAUUUGAGUGGGGUUUCGGCCAUCUCGGACGUGCAGAACAUUGAGGAUUACCAUCCGAUUCCACCGAAACCGUUCGAUUUUCUUAGCUUGAUCAUCUUCUAG